CUCUCUCAUUUCUUCCGGGAGAAACAUAGCGUUAGCCGGAGUUUGGAAAUACAUAACACUUGAGCUAUUAAAGCAAGCACAACAUAGAAACAAGUAGGUAGUGUUUUUUACUUUUGGUACUUUAGGUCCCCUCGCCUCUCCAUGCUGCUUUGCCGAGUUUCGACAGUUACUCAGGCGGUAGCGAGAUGGGGACGGAGGUCACACCGGGGAAGCGGCCUCCUCCACCCCGCUCUCUCCUUCAGCUCCAGCCGCUGUCACGGUGUCAGUUCAGGUGAGGGCAAUGCCCAGCCUGCAGAAGCGGGACCUGCCCAGGGACAGUACCGAGACAGUGUGCUCCUCCCCCGGACUGACUUCCCCAUGAAACUGACGGGACAGAAGCUGCUGGACCGGGAACUGGAGGUCCAGCGGGAGUGUGGAUUUGCAGAGCUGUACUCCUGGCAAAGGCAAAGAAAAGCCAAAAAGGAGUUCUGCCUUCAUGAUGGACCCCCAUAUGCCAACGGAGAUCCUCAUGUUGGGCAUGCACUCAAUAAGAUCCUGAAAGACAUUCGUAAUCGUUUUGAGAUGCUGAGGGGGAGGCAGGUGCACUACAUCCCGGGAUGGGACUGUCAUGGCCUUCCCAUCGAGCUGAAAGCCCUGGGAGAGCUGGGAACCAGUGGCCUCACUCCUCUACAGAUCAGACAGAAAGCCCGGGAGUUUGCGGAGCGGGCCAUAGCCCGUCAGAGAGCUGCUUUCCAGCGCUGGGGUGUGAUGGCUGACUGGGACAACUGCUACUACACCUUCGAUGGAACGUAUGAGGCUGCACAGCUCAAAGUCUUCCAGGAGAUGCACAGCAAGGGACUCAUCUACCAGGACUACAAGCCAGUCUUCUGGUCUCCUUCAUCAAGAACGGCCCUAGCAGAGGCAGAGCUGGAGUACAACCCUGAGCACCUCAGCACGGCCAUCUACGCAACAUUCCCCCUGGGCACACUGCCGCCUAAACUGGCAGAAGCAGACGUGGGCAGUAUCUCUGUGUUGGUGUGGACCACGCAGCCUUGGACCAUCCCUGCCAACCAGGCUGUCUGCUACAUGCCCAAUGCCCAGUACUCGGUGGUGAAGAGGGCAGACAACUCUCAGCUCCUCUUGGUGGCCACCGAGCGUGCAGCCAGCCUGGCAGUGUUACUGGGCACGGAGUUGGAGAGUGUUGGCACUGUCACAGGCUCCCAGCUUGAGGGCGGGAUCUGCAAACAUCCCACCAUUCCUGACAAGGAAGUGCCCCUGUUGCCGGCCAAUCAUGUGACUAUGGGAAAGGGAACAGGGUUGGUCCACACAGCGCCAGCACAUGGCAUGGAGGACUACAGUGUUGCUUCACAGUUUAAACUUUCUGUGGAGUGUAUGGUGGAUGGGGAGGGCAAGUUCAAUGAACUGGCUGGCCCUGAGCUGCAAAAUCUGUUUGUGAUGGGAGAAGGGACAGAUAAAGUCAUUUCCAUGCUGAAGGCGUGCGGGGCGCUGGUGAAGGAGGAGCAUUGUGUGCACAGCUACCCGUACGACUGGAGGACCAAGCAGCCCGUCGUCAUCAGGCCCAGUAAACAGUGGUUCAUCAACACCGCCUCGCUCAAAGACAAGGCCAAGGAGGUGCUGCAGAAGGUGCGUGUGCUGCCGGAGUCGGCGAGGAGCAGCCUGCUGGCCAUGCUGGACAGAAGGACGUACUGGUGCAUCUCCAGACAGAGAAGCUGGGGCGUUCCCAUCCCCGUCUUCUACCAUAAAGAGAGCGGAGAGCCGCUCAUCAACAAACAUACAGUGUCCCAUAUAGCACAGCUGUUCAAAGAGAAGGGCAGUGACUGUUGGUGGGAGCUGCCUGUGGAGACUCUGCUGCCACCAGAGGUGCUCAAAAAGAGUAAAGCAGGUCCGGUGACAGACUACGUUCGUGGAGAGGACGUGCUGGACAUCUGGUUUGACAGCGGAGCGUCGUGGGCUGCCGUGUUAGAAGAGUCUGACUCCAGGGCAGAUGUGUACGUGGAGGGGAAGGACCAGAUCGGAGGCUGGUUCCAGUCCUCGCUGCUCACGAGCGUGGCCGCCAGGAACAAGGCGCCAUACAAGUCUCUGGUGGUCCAUGGCUUUGCCGUCAGCGAGAAGGGAGAGAAGAUGUCCAAGUCUCUGGGCAACGUUGUGGAUCCUGAUACUGUCAUCAACGGAGGGAAGGACCCUGGUGCUCCGGCGUACGGCGCAGACGUGUUGCGCUGGUGGGUGGCAGAGUCCAACGUCUUCUCUGAGGUUCAGAUCGGCCCCACUGCACUCAACUCAGCCAGAGACAGCAUCAACAAGUUGAGGAACACUCUGAAGUUCCUGCUGGGCAACCUGCAGGGCUUUGACCCGCGCACUCAGGCUGUGGACCCCAAAGAGAUGCACUACAUCGACCAGUACAUGUUGCACCAGCUCCGCGACUUCAGCAUCAAGGUGACCGAUGCCUACAGUGAGUUUGACGCCAGCAGGGCCAUCCGCCUCCUCCAAGCCUUCAUUGCCAGAGAUCUCUCCAGCUUUUACUUCAGCAUCAUCAAAGACAGGCUCUACUGUGAUCCAGAAGAGUCUCUGGCUCGGAGGUCGUGUCAGACGGUCCUCGAGGAAAUCCUGGAUGGCGUGACCAGAGCCAUCGCUCCCAUCCUUCCACAUCUAGCUGAAGAGGUUUACCUGCACGCACCUGGGCAUGACCGUGGAGGGGAGACUUUGUUCAAGAGCGGCUGGAUCAAAAGCAGCUCGGUGUGGCGGCGGCCGGGACUGGAGGAGGCGGUGGAGGGGGCGUGCGCCAUCAGGGAUUCCUUCCUGUCGUCCAUCCCGGGCAAGAACGCAGCGCAGUACAACCUCACCAUCGCCAUCGAGCCCGGCUUACUGUUUGAGCUCAUGGAGUCUCUGCAGGAGGAGCCCACCUCCACCUCCUCCCAGCUGACCGAGCUGAUGAUGGCGGCGCAGACCACCCUGACCAGCCAGCUGCCCCGUGACCUGCCGCCCGACGCCCUGCGCAGCAGCGGCAACUUCCUCAUCAACCUGGAGGGUGGUGUUAUCCGUGAGGACAGCACCUACAGUAUAGCGGCGGUGCCCACCUCCGCUGCCCGGUGCCCACGGUGUCGACGCUACACAGCAGAGUCACCAGACUGCCUGUGCCCACGCUGUCACUCCAUCCUCUCUGCGCCAUAAUGACACGCCCGUCACCCUGUUGCCAUGACAACCAACCAACGAUGCCCUGGCCGUUUUGUUUUCUCUGCUCGGGGGUGAAGGGCUGGAUAGAGAUCAGCUUUCCCAUGCCUAAUUCAAACACUUGUAAUCAGUGGGGGGAGGUAAAACUGACCCCAGACCAGUGCUUAACAACUAACAGCCAGCUCGGAGAAGCUGCUUCUGCUUGGCAAAGUGCCGGGUGAGGACAGACAGAUACAGUUUCUUGCACUAUGAGGGAAUGGCAAAGCAUACUGUUUUUAUUAUUUAUUUGGUUCAGGUGUCACUGUUUUUCUGCACAGUGAGUGUGAGUCAUCAGUGAAUCUGAGGGAAAAAAAAAAAAAACUGUCUGCAUGUACCCGGGUCACUUGACUGAGGCGUUAAUGUGCUGGUGAUUGUAUCAAAACACG